AUGGUUCAUGAAAAGCGGCAGGGAGCCCCUGUUUCGGCAGAAGCUUCAACCUCCGAUACAUCUGAGCCUACGAAAAGGGGAAAGAAUCGUGUUUCUAGUUCUCUGUCUCAGCUUAUUAUGCAGGCUUUCGAGACUUGCAAUCCGUCACGAAAAGGUCUGUCCUUGGCAGCUCUCAAGAAAUUUCUCACUGAAGCCGGGUACAACGUAAGCAAGAACAACAGCCGCCUCAAAAGGGAGCUGAACAAUUUGGUCUCUAACGGAUUAUUGAUCCGUAUAACUGGCAGCGGUGCAUCGGGCUCCUUCAAGUUCAGCGGCGCUCAGGCGAGAAAGAAGACCGGCAAACCGAAAAAGGAGAAACAGAAAACAGCGGCUGCCAAAAAAGCGGCGGGGAAUAAAGAGCCUAAAAAGAAAUCCAGGAAGAAGCAGCCAGCGGUUAAUAAACCCAAAGGUCUCAAGAGCCGAACAUCAGCCGCCCCUGGUAGGAAACGUCAGCUUAACAAACAUCCAACAGGGAAAGGUAGUUACUAA